GUACAGGUGGUUUCACUCUGACCAGGGCCCGGGGCCCCCUUUCCUGUGGUCACCUCACCAGUGACCUAUGCACUCUUGUCUACAGAAGAUGAGGUGAACACGCUGAAUGGCUCAGAAGAAAGCAUCACUUUCCCUUCCUGCUAUGGUGUCUUAGGGGCCCCUGUGAGCAGGCAAGUCCCUAUGGAUCAGAACUCGGAGGCGAUGGGCAACAUGGUGAAGAACUUACGUGAACUGGAAUGGAGGGUGAAAAUCCAGAGUGAAGAGCUGCUGAACAAGGACAAGAAGAUAAAGGCCCUGGAAGAAUUAGUGGAGACCCUUCAGGGGAGCCCGGCCGCCUACAAGCAGCGGGAGCUGGAGACCACAUGCAGGAAACUGCAGAAACAGGUGGCGGAGAUGGAGAGAUUUCUUGCUGAUUAUGGCCUGCUGUGGGUGGGUGAGCCCUCGGACCACAAGGACUCAGAGGAUAGCGAGAGGGACUGGAUGACAACCAUGAAGUUCUGGAAGCCAGGGAACUCACUGGCGCCCCCUGAGGUGGACUUUGACAGGCUGCUGGUGUGUCUGAAGGAUCUCAGUGAACUGGUGGCUGAAGGUGAAACGCAGGUGGUUCCAGUGUCUGGUGGGGCCCGGUUCAGGACCCUUGAGCCCAUCCCGCUGAAGCUCUACCGGAAUGGCCUCAUCAUGUUUGAUGGGCCCUUUCGGCCCUUCCACGAACCAGCCACACAGCGCUGCCUCCGAGACAUACUGGAUGGCUUCUUCCCCUCAGAGCUCCGGCGCCUGUACCCCAAUGGGGUCCCUUUUAAGGUGAGUGACCUGCGCCAUCAGGUCUACCCAGAGAAUGGGCUGGACCCGUUCCCAGGCGAGGGGCGUGUGGUGGGCCAGAAGAUUCACAAGAUCGUGGACAGGCCAGAGAACGCAGACUCCAGGCUAACCCCUGAGAAGUUUCUGAAGAGACUCCCUAAAGUCGUGAUCCGGCAAGGCGAAGUGGUUGAUAUCAGAGGCCCCAUCCGGGACACUCUGCAGAACUACUGCUCUUUGUCUGCCCCGGUCCCAGAGAUCUUGGUGGAGACGCCUGCCUUGGCUGCUGAGCGACAGAGGAGCCAGGAGUGGCCAGAGUCAUCCCCACCCCAGCAAUCCUUGCUGCGUAUCAAGUCCGAGGAUGGUGAAAAGGUCUUCCGGCUAAUGAUGCAACCACAGGACACUAUUGGGGAUGUGCAUGGCCUGCUGGCGAAGGCCAGGAACCAGGAUGCUGGGACCUUCGAGAUCUUCAGCACGUUCCCGCCUGUGGUUUACGACGACCACUCGGUUACACUGCAGGAUGCAGGCCUAGUGCCCAACGCCAUGCUGCUGCUUCGGCCUCCCCGGCCCCCCCCAGGCCCACACACUACCAACCCCCGACCCCUGCCUGGGCCCUGAAUAAA